AUGAAGAUGAUGAAAACAGGAAACUUCGUGCUCCAUGAUGCCAAUAAUAAGACUGUCUGGCAAUCUUUUGAUUAUCCGACGGAUACACUGCUUCUUGGGCAGAAAUUGGUGAAAGGGCAGAGGCUGUCAGCUUACGCUUCGGAAACCAAUAUGUCUGAGGGAAACUUCUAUCUUUCUGUUACAUCUCAAGGUCUAUUUGCCUAUUACAAAGCUAAUGUCCCUCAGAUGUAUUUUAGAUAUUUAGCUUUCGACGGGAACAUGGAAAGCAUCGAACUAAUGCACUCCACAACUGGUACAGGUCCUCUUUCUUUAUACUUCUCUUCAUCUGCACCUCAUAAGCCAUUUCCUUUCAAGACAGUCGCCAAUAGUAAUGAAAUAACAAUGCCUUUCAUGAAAUUUAAUUCAAAUGGACAUCUCAUUCUUUAUGAUUCUUCUUUCUUCACUGAUGAUAUGUUGGCUGAGCACAUGAGUGAAUGUGAAUAUCCAACUACUUGCGGUAAUUUGAUGCUCUGCUCAAAUCAAGGGGAAAACUGCUCCUGUCCUGCUGGAUUAGGGAAAGAUGAUUAUUCUGCUCCUGGAUGCGCAGAGAUAAAUCCAACGCUAUGCAGAACUCCCCAGUUUCAAUCUCUUGUUCCCUAUAAAGAUGUCUACCAUUUUAGUUUUGUCGACCCUGACUCCGCAGUUCUUAAAGGAACAGACAUGGAGAGCUGUAAAGAAGCAUGCUUGAAUAACUGUUCUUGCGAAGUUGCAUUUUUUCAGCAUCUCCACAAUUAUUCACAUGGGAAUUGUUUUCUACCCUCACCAGUUCUUUCACUUAUAUAUGAUGGAGACCAAAGAAAUAAUCGGCAGUCCUAUGCCUUCGUCAAAAUUGCCAAUUACAGCGGGAUUGGAAUAGCUCCAGGACAAGAAGUAAUUAAUGGAGCGGGUGGAGCAAGAGGUUCUCCUACAUCAGCUAUGCGUUACAAAAUAAUAGCAGCAUCAACUGUUGGAAGCUUCCUACUGUAA